AUGGGAGCAUCCGACCAAGUUGCAUUACCCUCGAUGGACCGUUCAACAGACACUUCCCAUAAGAAACGAGACAAUUCAUCAUCAUCAUCAUCAUCAUCAACAACAAACAGUCUAUACGUACAAGACUCGUCCAACAACUUCAACUCAAAAUAUGCUGAUUUAGAUGGACAAAUUAGUCAGCUAUAUCGCUUGUCUGAUGAUACAGUUGUACUCAAUGGUGAUUUCACCAAAUUGAAUGGAAAACUGGUUAAAAGUCCCAUAAUUUAUAAUAUCACUUCAAACUCAACAACUGAUAUAAUUACCGAUAAUGACAAGGUCGAUGGACAUAUCAACACAAUCUUUAUCGACAAUGAUCUUUUGUAUCUUGGAGGUAACUUUACCUACAACAGCACAGUCGGAGCAGCAAUUUAUAAUAUAACGUCAAAAAAUCUUUCAUCUACUUUGUUUCAGGGAUUCGGUCACAAUGCAACCAUAAACGCCAUUGCCAAACUCUCAGAUGAAGACGAUAAAAAUAAGGGAUCAAUUUUGUUUGGUGGUUCAUUUAGCACAUUGGGUCUUUCAGAUCUUCUAAUACAUAAUAUGACCACUAAUUCAACGCGCCACAACAAUGAGACCAAUUCAACUAUUGUGAGUGCCGAACAACAGAUAUCACUUAGACACGGUCUGUUUACAGCUGUUAACGCUCAAGAUGACAGUGAAAACUCUGUUGUCAUAUGCCCGUCGGAUGAUAAUGUUUGGGAAGCCAAGCCAAGCUCAGGAGCAGAAUGGAAAGUCGAACUUCCUGAUGAAAUGAAGGGAGUUACACCCACCAAGGCGCGUAUCUAUAUACCAGAAAGUGACAACGGCAUCAAGCUAUUCAGGAUCUAUUCAUAUCCCAAUAAUGGUAUUAUGAAUCUUACUUAUAUCGAUCCUGAAACUAAUGAGUUGAGUACUUGUGAUGCCUGGUGUCCAUUGGUUGCUUUUGACCAAUUGAAUAAUUAUGUUGAUAAUAAUAUGGACAAUGCCACCGACUUAAAUCAAGAUGAUGUGUUUGUCGAUGAAGAUGAUGGAACAUACUUUAGAUAUUACGACUCCAACACUAAAACCAAGAAUCUCGGUUAUGGAUCAAAUUUUCAAGAGUUUGCAUUCAUUGAUUCAGUUAGCUUUGACUCAAUCGGAUUAACAAUUAUAGAUUGGUACGGUGAAAAGGGUGCAUUUGCUGGGUUUGAACUAUACCAAAAUUCGAUACAAGUGUUUGGAAAUAAUACAUUGAAUGAACCAAAUUGUGGCAGUGAUUUUGGGAAAGACGAUAACAAUUACGCCGAGAUUGUCUCUGGUGAUUUCCAAUCUGUCAGGGACAUUUCGUCGGCUGUCACAAACACUGAUUAUAUGGUGAGUUAUGAUACGUCAGCAAAAAUUGCAUUGUACCCCAAUAUAUCAUACUCGGGAGACUACUCGAUCAUAAUGAAUACCCCGGGCUGUGCUACCGAUAAUUCGUGCACCCAAAGAGCAAUUGUGAAUGUUACUGUGUAUGGUGAUGACGAUGACAUAUUGUCUUCAAACUUGAUUUACCAAAAUAAUGAAAAUGUCAAAUUUGACUAUUUAUACCAGGGGCAUUUGAAUAGUUCUGAUGGAAGCUCAAACAGAAUUGAAGUCCUGUUCCAUGAAGCAAUUACUUCAGACGUUGCAAAUCCAUUCAUGGUUAUUGAUAAAGUGGUGGCAAAUAUUGUUUCGUUGGACCUGUACUAUGACCGUAAUAAUACCAACAACACAAAAAGUUCAUUGAAGUCAAAUUUUACCCGGAUUGAGCUAAACGGAUUAUUUGAAUAUUCAUUGGCUAAUUUCUCAGAUUUUGAUGAAAAUUUGGUACACUACAAGAUCAAUAACAAGACUUACUUGAGUCCAAACAACACCUACAUAGGAAAUUCUUCAAUCAACUUGUUGAGCAGUAGACUCUCAAAUGAUUCUGUGAUUGAUGAAAUCAACGUGCACGAUGAUUCAUUGCUUAUGCUUGGGCAAUUCCAGUCAGAUAGCAAUAAUUUGACCUUGACAAACAACAACUUGAUUACGUUAAAUGUUUCAUCUUACAAUACCACCUCAAAUGAGUCAAAUAUUGAUUUGCCGACAACACUAAGGAAGAGAGAUACUCUGACCUUUAAAGGGGCUACGUUCAAUAAUUCCAUAUCAAAGACAUUUAGUCUCAACAAUGGUUUACUAGUGCUUGGCCAAUUCAGCAUAUCUGACACCACAGUUAAGGAUCUUUCCAACAAAAAUGAAUCGAUCUCACUGGCUAAUAACUUUGCUGUAUUGGCAACAGACAACCAAUGGUAUGGAUUCGGUAAUGAUUACGAAGAUGCCAAUUUUGAUCAAUUUGCUGAUUUCACCAUUGAUGGAGUCGAGUAUUAUGUGUUUUCUGCACAAGGUUCAAUAUUCAAGACCUGGGACAAUACAAACUUUAAAUGGUCAAAUCGUCAAUUUAACCUUACACAAGCGACGUCAUUGACUUCACUGUUGCAAAUACUCGGAGGUUCUGGAUUUAGUGUGAUGGACUUUUACUCCAAUGACCAAGCGUACAUUCAGAAUGCAAACUUUUCCAACUAUGGCAUCGAUGUUGCAACCAAUGUUGACAGUUACAUUUCAAGCUCAUUCUACAUAAACACCACCAUGAGUAUAGUUGGGGGGAAAUUCAACUCCAAUAAUGUCGAAAAUGUGGGCAUUAUUAACAACAAGCAACCAUCAAGCUCUCUUCAAUCGUUACAAGGCGACAUUACGUGGAAUGAUGAUACCAUCAUUCAAUCCUUGUAUGUGGAUAGCAACAGCGAAUAUUUGUUCGUUGGUAUGAACUCAUCAGUUUCAGUUAACGAUCAAGAUAUAACCGGCCUUGUCAUUUACGAUUUGAUAAAUGAUACUUUUGCUUCAUUCCAACCGGCAGCUCUUUCCAAUAGUAACGGCGACCCAAUCAGUGUUAACUCGAUAGUAUUGUACGAUGACGGUAAGAAAUUGCUAGUGGGUGGAGAUUUUGAUACGGCUGGAUCAUUGAGCUGUCCAUCCCUAUGCAUAUACGAUAUUGCCAAUACGAGGUGGCUUGAUCCACAGAACGAUAAUACCGGCCAGACUGCGACAAUUGAUGGUGUUGUCACUGAUAUGAAGUUUUACACUUCGAGUCGAGUACUCAUCUCAGGUAGGAAUUUGACCCUUGACAAUGACAACGUUGUAUUCCUCACUUACAAUUUCAAGGGUGGAUCAUUUGAUACUAUAUCAUCAUUGAACUCGUUGAAUAAAUCGGUCAAUCGGUUUAUUUUGAAUGACCGUUCAAAUAGUGACCUGAGUGGGCGUAUGGUUGCAAUGGGCGAUGACUUUAUUUGCGGAUUCGAUGGAUCCAAGUGGGCCAACAUUGAUAGCGACAUUGACUAUACUGAUUCCAAUACGUCUGUUUUCCACGAUUUGAAAUUGUUGACAUUGUCAAAAUCCUCCUCGUAUAAAGGUGACUUGUUUGAUAAGAGUAAUAUCUUACUUGUUGCUGGAACCUAUUCGCUCAAAAAUUAUGGAUUAGUCAAUAUGGCUUUGUAUAAUGGUACAUCCUGGAUCCCAUAUGUUUACACUACCUCACCAAGCUCAUACUCAACCAUCGGCGAUGUAAAGACCAUACUUAUAGACGAUUACUAUCGUCUUCAGUCAUCAGACGAUUUGAAAAACUUACAUAAUUAUUUAUCAAAAGGGAAAGUUGUUGGUAUUUCAUUGGCAUGUGCUUUAGGAUCAACCUCAUUGUUUGGAUUAUUGUACUUGAUCCCCUACCUCGCUUUGCUAAGGAAUCGAAAGGGAUAUGUACAAAGAAUCCAUGAACAAGAUAUGAUUGAUAGUGUCAAUCCUGAAGAUCUAUUGCAUGAGAUUGAUUUACAAAGAGAAAAGUAG